UUUGGGACUGUCAAUGCAUGCAGUCACCCACCCCGAUGAGGGGAGAAUUACAGCUUGAAAACCAAGGCAGGAGGGGAGGCACUAUUGAAAUUUUCUGGCUUAAUCAUCCUGAAAAGUGACAUAAAACCUUCCUGCUAACAUACAUAAAUGAAGUUUUGUGUCUGAUUUGUAUUUGUAUGAUCUAUGGCACUGUGUGUAGAUGAAGGCACUAAAGUCAGGAGUGAAAGGAGAGGAAGAGAGCAGGAGCUCUCUCACCUACAGCAUAAAGGUGCCUCAGUCAAGUGUGUGCCUGAAGAGCAACUUCUGGUGGUUUUUUUUUUUUUCUUCUUUCUUUUGCAAUCAUUGCUCGCUUGACAGGCCCAGACGGAAUUACAUCACUUCCUAAAACCCAUCAAAGAGAGUCCAUCUCCUGAAGAAAUGCAGCUCAGAUGCUCCCCGGCAGGAAGCAGGAAAUGUAGAUGUGCGGGUGCAGCAGGGAGGCUGCCGGAGCGCCCCUCAGGUGGGAGCGCUGCCGGGGCAGCAUGCGGAGCCCCGGGCUCCUCGCCCUGCUCUCGGCCCUGGCGCUGGCUGGAGGAUCUGCCGCCACUGACCCUGGAAAUGAUGGAUCAGGAGAUGGAUCGAUGAUAUUACCCACUUUCACAGCAACACAUCUUCCUGCUACGGAUCCUCUGACCGUGGAUGACCAUGAGCCAGUACUUGUAACUACAAGCACUACUGAAAGCAGCUUUGAUACACAGAGUUCUCCAAGUACUGAACUGAAUGCUGUGAACGAUGAGGACAGCCUAGAAGCAGCAGAACAGUCUAUCUUGAUAUAUGUUGUCCCUGUGGCACUGCUGGUCCUGCUGAUUUUGAUGAUCGUAUUUUUUGUAAUGCAUCAUAAAAGGAAAAAGUCCAAGCAAGAUGAGCUGGGAAGUGAAAAUGUAAAAAGUCCUAUUUUUGAAGAAGACACACCCUCUGUUAUGGAGAUAGAAAUGGAAGAGCUUGAUAAAUGGAUGAACAGCAUGAACAAAAAUGGUGACUGUGAAUGUUUACCUACUGUAAGAGAAGAAGAAAAAGAAUCAAUCGCCAACCCAAGUGAUGGUGAAUCAUGAAGUCCUCAGGACACUAAAGAACUGGCUAAAGGGAUGCAGCACAUAAGCUCAUCAUCCCCCAGAUAUUGGAAGAACUGGAUUUAAAUAUAAUUCAUCUCAAAAGGCCAGAGAAGCAAAUGCUUUUGUUGUCUUCUGCUUCAUAUGGACUUCAGAAAGGAAACAUCACCAAGGGAAAAGAAGAGAAAAAGGAGGGGAAAAAGGAAAGGAAAAAAAAGAAAAGCACUCUAGCAAGAUUAAGAAAUGAUUGAAAUUCUUUUUGCAAUGAGAUUCACCACAAAUCAAGAGAAACCCCUUUUUUACCUCUGCUAAAAAUUGUCAAAGUAGUCCAUAUUUCUGUCUAGUUCUGCAGUUGUGUAUUGUUCAGCACUUAAAACCAAUUAUGUUCCAGGUUUGGCGGGUUUCUUUGUUUUGGUUUGGUUUUGUGGGUGUUUGUUUCAGUGUCCAUAAUUCUGGACUGCCCUGGUUUGGUGGAUGUGAAGCUCAUGCCUAUACAAUGUUUAUUUCUCAAUUUGCUUUUUCUGAACAGUGCACUGAUUUGCACAGGACUGCUGUUGGGGAGGCACCAGGCUAGGACUGACAGACCAGCUCUGAGGACAGACAGCAGCUGAAAAGCCUCUCAAAGGAAUAGCCAGAAGUGACUGCAGCCCAGCCAGGGUGCAGACUCUGUAGAAUGCUUUUUGGUUUUCAUAUUAACGGCCCUGUAGAAGUGACAAGUAUUAUUUUGAGACUGCCUUUCAGUUUGUUAUCUCCACAGAUGAGCGCCCUGGGCUAGCUCUCCCCGUGUAACUCUUCUCCCUGCCCAGGGCUGUUCUCUAACCCCCUACUUCAGGAAUACUCAACUUUGAAACUCUUUUUUUUUUUUUUUUUUUUUUUUUUUUGAGCGAGGUUGAAAAAUGGAGCAAUUCAGUAUUCACAUUAAAUGCAGAUUUAGAUAAGCAUGUGCUAUGCAUAACUACUUGGUCAAGGUUUUCAGAUACAGGAGAUUUUCUGCUGCUUCUGUUUUUAAAUACUGAGCCUGUAAUAUCUGAAAGACAAGGACUUCCCAGUGUGCCCAGCCACUUUUAGUUACAACAACAACAACAAUAACAACAACAACAACUCAGACUUCUGGGCUACCUCAAGGUGUGAAUAUGAAUGUUGUAACUGUGUCCAUUAAUUUUACAUAGCAUGUCUCUUAGGGAUGUAGCUUAAAUAUGUAACACACAUAAAAAUGGAUCCUUGUCUGGGCAGAGUUUCUUUUGCCUUAUUUAAAAUAGCACUUUCACAUCCUACCAUAUCUUACAUCCUACCUAUCCUCAUAUUCUAUUUAAAUACAGAAUGCCUUCCCAUUCAAUACAUGUUUAAUAUGAUCAGGGUUUUUUUGCCUGCAAAUAAUUCACUAAUAAGUUACCAAGCAUAGCUUGAUUAAAGAGAGAAAACAAUUGCCCCAAGCCUCUGUGAUGGCAUCUAAGAAUCACUAACAGCUGACAAAUACAGAGGAUGGUUCAGCUUUGUGAAAAAUUAAAGAAAAGUCAAAAUACAGGAGGAAAGAAUGUUUAGAGCUAACCAUAUUCAUUCAUUAUUGAAUUUGACUUGAUUAGUAAUUUCCUCAAAGAAUAAAAAUUUCUUCACUGUUCCAAAACAAUUUAUUGCAACUAUUUGAUUUAGUAAAUGAGUGAUGGUUACUAAAUUUUUCCUGUUUGGAUGAUUUUUAACUUUGAAAGAAGUGUUUUAAGUUCAUCUUUCACAACUUUUUUUAAACAUUUCCACUAUUUCCUGACAGUAAACCCAUCAUGUAGAAUAUUGGUUUAAAAGAAUGCAGUCACAAGGGGAAGAAAAAGUAAGAGACUGAAAUUUAGAAAAAUUUUUAAAAUUGAAGAAGAUAUUUUCCGGUAGCAAUUUUGUUAGCUACUUCUUUCUGACAAACAAAGAUGUUUUGCUCAGGUGUCCUACAAUUUGCAAAGCAGUAAUCUGGAGAUGCCCAAAACAGAGAGACUGGGGCUUUUUCUAAUGGUACAAGAUAAAAGGCUGUAUUUUAAGACCAUUGCCAGCUGUGUGGCUGGAGGGCAGUCAGUGGGACCCAGCAGUUCACAACACCAGUGCCCAGCAGUGACUCUCACCACAACAUGCUCCAGCCCAACAGCUGCUGCCCUCUCCCUGAAGCACAGCUGGAUAUGAAGGAGUCCUUGCUUUUCUUUUUUUUUUUUUUUGGGAUUUGAAAACAAACCAACUCCCAAAGGUGGCAUUGUAUGGCUUAACUCAGUUCUGGCACACUGAUGACCCAUCACCCUGUUCGAGCCACGCGUUGAUAUUAGGGCAAUGCACCAACUCAGUUUGCUGUGGCAUUUGAAAAGAGCCUGUGUUGUGCAUGUUGAUGGUUUGGGGUUAAUGUUAAUUCUAGAUGGUCUUUCUCCCAGACAAAAGGCUGUACAGUUCUAAAUAAGUUUCUCAGAGAUUAAGUUUCACUUAUAUAUAAUAUUUUUCAAGUUUACCUUGAGAGAAUGUACUUUCUGUAAACUUAUGCCAUUAAGCACUAAUUCUUAUUCCAGUGUUCAUCAUUGAUCAAUCUCUAUAUAACGCUUUAAAAUCAAUUUUGUCCAGAACUAAUGUCUGGGUUCGAGGUUUAUAAUUAUUCAUGUCACUUAGCCUCUCUAAAUUCUGGCAUGCUAGAGAAUUUAUUUGCCUCUUCAGGAACUUUUCUCAGCAUUUAAAAUACAAAACAAUGCUUUGGGCACUUCCUUGGCCAAUUCUGACAGAAAAUUUCUCUAUCUGCUGAUUUUUAAAAGGCCAAACUUAAUAUAUGCUGUGUUACUAUUGAAAAAUGUGCCAUUCCAUCAAAUCUCACCUGUCAUUAGGUCCUGUCCUCCUUGUGUGAAACAGACCGAGGGUGAAGCAAUUUGCAUUUCAGUAUAGUUAUGGAUAUUUCUAAUAGAUUCCCUCAGCACUAUACAAAUACAAUUUUUAGUAUUUCUCUUUUUCCUGAGCAUUUAUACACCCCCGUUUUUCUUCCUCUAGCCCUAAACUAUGGAGAGGAUCACUCAUUUAUCUGAUUCCCCAGCCCAGCUACGCACUGCUCCACUGCUCCAUGGUCUCUCUCUUUGAUCAUCACUUUCACACUUUGGUCUGCGUUUGCACAGCCACUGCCCAGCACCUGCUCUCUCACUUACAGCCCAGCCUUUCUGUGGAUGCCAGGUUCAGGGCUGCAGCUGCACCAUGGGCGCUGCUUUGGACCCUCUCCCUCCUCCCCCCAUUUGGUAUUCCCCUCUUCUGCUCACCCGUGUGCCCCUUGCUCUCCUGUUUGUUUUAUACUUUUCAACAGUUCCUGGUUGUUUCCUUUUGCACAGUUUUGCCUCAGUGCUUGAAUUUUGUGGGUGGAUUGAAUUACAGGGGAUUUAGGCCAUUUCACGCCUACAUUAAUACAGCCAAAAGAUUAUAAUAUUCCAGUUCACAAGUAUUAACUGUACACCUUCUGUUGAUGCACCUUCAUUUUUCCUAAAUCAUUCCCACAUUCAGGUCCUCUAACCCACAAAAUAAAAAGGAGAGCAACCAGGCAGCAGAUAAGAUAGCAGCAAACUCUCAAAAUUAUUUUAUCACCGUGUACCACAGAGUAUUUAAGCCUCUGUGGUUAUAUCCUCAUCGUUAGCCUGAUCUGAGCCAACCCAUCUCACCAUCACCCUGCAACAUCUACCAGUGACUGAUAAGUUAUCAUCCCUCAGUAGAAAAUGAGAAAAAGCAUGGAAAGAGGAAGUGUCUCCCACUACGUACUGUUCUAAAAUGUUUCACAAAUGUGAUGAUUUCUAAGGAACUGCUACCUCUUCUUCCAUUUUCUUCAAUAAUUUCAGUAGUUAUCCAGCACUUCAAGACACUUUGACAUCUCAUUUACAGAGUGAGGCCUUUUUGUCCUGCAGAAAAGAUACAGAUCCAAAGGAGGAUUUGUCUGAGAAAUACAUAGGUAAUAAGAAGGGUAAUUAAGAACCAACACCUUUCCUAGAUAUGCUAAAAACCAAUAUCUUAACAAAAUAGAAAUAACUCCUUCAUAAAGUUACAAGCAUAAGGUUGCUGAUAUUACCAGCAGCUAGUUAAUUCAAUAAAAGUCCUGCACUUGUAAAGCACACAGCCCUAACGUUAACCUCAGCAAAAAUGAACAUUCUUUUAGUUUCCAGAUAAUCAUAAGUUAUAGAUUCAUAGAUAACUUUGGUCUGAGAUUUAAAAAAUCUUUUUUUUUUUGUAAUUCUAAACUCAUUGGGGGACCCUAAAUUGAACUUGUGUUACCUUUCUGAUGCGAGACUGCUGUAUAUUCAACUGUUUUAUCAAAUAGCUGUUUCAAAUUAUUUUGUAAUGUAAAUAUUUGAAAGACACAAUAUUACUUAAUUGUAUAUAAGAGUUUGAGAUUUUAAACGGCUUGCUCUAAUAAAGAUUUUAGUGUCUACAGGUUCUGUUUUUUCAAUAGUCCUGCUAAUCCAUUCAAGUCUAUGGAUGCUAAUUACUUGUUAUUGAUGCCACAACUUCUCAGGCCUGAGUAGAUGUACACAGCUGUAUAUGGUACAUAGAUAUCUUACUCUCGCCAACUCUCUAAAAUUCAGGCAAAGCCAAAAAAAAACCCCAAAAAACAAGAGAGAGGCACUUUAUAUCCCAUUAUUUUGCUGGGAUAUUUCAGAUUGUUUAUAUCAAUAGAUCAAUUGCGACUGCAGGGAAAGUAGUGAAUUACUCCCAUCAUUUGUCCUUGGGUGACUGUUGCUAUCUUUCUUUAAUGAUCAAUCAUUUCUCAGGUUAUUUCAGUUAAAACACUUAAAUGGGAGUCUCCAAGUUGAUAGACAUGCUAAAGUAAUUUUCAGUGGAUGUAAGGGAAAAGGAAGGGAAAAGAUUAAAAAGAGAUAUGUAUUUUCAACUAGAGAAUUA